ACCUUAUGCAGAAUACUGACCAAGAAUGGAUCAUUUGGCGCAGAUUUUCACCCAGCAGGACGAGCUAAUCGCUCCAGUUGGUGCUUAUCAAAACGAAUAUGAAGCUAUCAAGGCACUGCACUCUCUGUCGGGAGAGAAGAGGCAGCGCUUCCAGAAUUUAACGAGGAAGCUGCUUGGGGACUUGGACCAGCCGCAUGAUAGGAAAGCGAUCGCCGAAAGAUCACGGAUGUGGCGAAAUAAGGGCAACAGUCUAUUUAGAUCCUCCGCAAUGGAAUUUGGACCAGACGCGGAGGCGGAACGGGUCCUCGGAGCAUGUCGCCUCUACACAAAGGCCGUGCUAGUCGCAGAAGACGUUGAAGAUGAACUCUGUUUGGCAUUUGCUAACCGCGGAAUAGCACUGCAAGAGUACGGCUACUACCAAGAGGCCUACGACGACUGCGCCAAUGCCCUCGAGUUUGGGUAUCCCAGGAGACUGCAGCACAAGGUAAUCAUACGGCAAGCUCACUGUGCCGCGAAGCUAAAACGAACCGAGCAACUGGCAGAGAACAUAGCGUGCUUAGAGAAGUUGCAGCUGAACGAAAGAUUUCGCCAGCAGCUGGAGGAUCUAAAAGAGAAUCUGGAGAUGCUGCGCGGACAGUCGUCAAGCGAGAAAUCAGUCGAGGAACAAGAGAAGAACGAUCCCAUCCAGGAAAUCGUCUGUCAGUCUGGCAGCCGUGGGCGCCACAUGAUUGCCAAGGAAGCUAUACCGCAGGGAAAAAUCAUAUUCAGGGAGCAGGCCACGUGCUUUGUGCCCCUGGAACAGAGAUUAAUUUGCCAGCAAUGCGCCUGCAGCCUGAUGUGCGCUCCUAUACCCUGUCCGAAGUGUCGGCAGCGUGUGGUCUACUGCUCACGGGAGUGUAGAGAGCGGCACAAAUCAAUCCACAGAUUCGAAUGUGUCGCUUACCGCAAAGAUCUGCUCAAAAUGGUUGGCGUUUCGCACUUGGCACUGCGCAUGGUCCUGAGCUAUAUGCCGUCGAUGCUGCCACAGCUGCAGGAAUGCGCCAGCUCGGCCGAGAUGUGGUCCACACUCAUGACUCUGACCACGGGCGCCGACAAGGAAGACGAGCAGACACCGCAGUAUCUGCAGAGCCUGCGCAUGAUAAGCCACCUGGACAAGGCUCCGCAAGCGGAGUUGGUCUACCAUAUGCUCUGCGCCAACCUACUGCAAGUCUAUCUGAAGGAGUGCACGGACUUCUUUGCUCAGUUCCAGCCCUCGAGUGCCUCCCUUGAGGAUUGGCACUUGAUUGUAGCCGCUUUGAUACUCCGUAGUGCCGGUCAGCUCCUGGUUAACGGCCAUGUCGGGGACGCCCUCCUGCCCGUGAACCUGGAGGCCAAUGAGUUUGGCCUACUGCAGUCGGAAAUGUGGCAGAAACCGCGCCACCUGCAGCUGGGUCAACUGCACAAUCUGAGUCAAACGGAGCCCCUCACAGCCAUCAAUUUGCCCCAUCUGAGCAUAUGCAAUCAUGCCUGUGCACCCUGCAUACGCACCAAGUUCGACGGCUGCACGGCGGUCUGCUACUCUGCAGUGGACAUCGAAGCUGGCGACGAGAUCUUCAACUGCUACACGAUGGACUACAGGAAGAGCAUGCUUCGCCAGAGGUCACAGCCGUUGCAGGAAGUUUACAAGUUUGAAUGCAGCUGCGCGAAGUGCACGCGCACCGAUCCAGACCAGGACUACUUGAAGUUCCAUCGGUAUCGCUGUGAAAACGAGAGCUGCCUUCGAGAAUUUGUGCCGGAGCCACUGCCCCAUCAGACUAACCUCAAUUGGUGGCUGCAGAGCCCGGAUGCAGCGGAAGCUUCUGUUUGCUGUCCUGUCUGCAAAGAGACCCAGGUCUUCGCCUGGUACAAUGAUUUUAUGUGCCUCAUCGACAGCUGUGCCGAGGCCAAGGCAAGGCGAGAACUCUACAAGGCAUUCGAUGGUGUGGACCAGUAUCUGUUGGGACACCACAUCUUGAAAAGGAAGCUGGCGGAAGCGCUCAUCGAACCAUGUUUUGCCGAAAUGGACGAGGGCUGCGUUUUGGACGACGUGGACUACGAGAAUCUGACGCGUAUAGUCGAGACACAGCUGGAGGGCACUGCCGCUCAGAGUGGCGGCAACUCCAUGGAGUAUAUCAGCCAGAUGACCUAUCUGUGGGAUCUAUGGGCAUUGAGCAAAUGCAAGCGCAGCGAGCAGCAGCUGCAGGAGAUGAAGGGCAAGCUGGAGUACCUGGCCGCUGAGCACAGGGAGAUCUUUGAGAACUAUUACAACGAUUUCAUUGAGCAACAAUGUAAAUAACACAGUACACAAUGCAUUUGUUUCGAGUCGCGGAAUAAAACGUGCUACUAUAAGGGUUAAUAUACAGCCACAGUGUAGUGUGGCCGUUUGGAAAACACAAGAAAAACAGAAGUCAGCUGUUAACUGUUCACGAACUAGUUCCGUGUAAGCCGCAAAGAAGAAUGAAAAUAAAAAAGCGCAAACAAAUUAAAAA